AUGAAAAACCAGUUCACAAUCUACUGUAUUAGUGAUACUCAUCAACGUCAUCGUGAAUUAACCGAAAAACUAUCCAGCAUUGUCAACGGCGACAUUCUACUUCAUGCUGGCGAUUUCACAAAUUAUGGUGGUACAUUUCGAUCGCAAGGUGGUGGAAUUGAUGAUUUUAAUAUGUGGCUAGGCUCGUUACCAUUUAAACACAAACUAUUAAUAUUCGGUAAUCAUGAAAGAGUAUUAAUUGACGAUGACGAUUUAGAAAGAGUGAAAUAA